UCGUCUCUCAUUAUCAGAAACUAAGAUGAGUAGCUGUAGCAGAGCAGCUCUAUUUCUGCGAGCAACUCCGUCGCUUAUCACCUUCAGAAAAAGUGCUUUCCCAAAAGCGCUUCUCCAAAAUAAGCGAUUCCGCACUGUAAAAUCGUGUCUCCAGCCACCGGAUGUUCCGCGUUUGGCUCAAACUGCUCGGAUUUCUCUCACCCCACAACAAGUUGAAGAAUUUGCCCCAAAAAUCCGCCAAGUGGUAGACUGGUUUGGUCAACUUCAGGCCGUUGACCUUGAGAGUAUCGAACCAGCCAUACGAGCAGAUACUGAAGGUGACAAUCUGCGAAUUGACGUGCCAGAAGUAUUUGAUAACAGGGAUGCUAUAAUAGCUGCUGUGCCCACAUUCGAAGAUUUGUAUAUCAAAGUUCCGAAAGUCUUGAACAAGGACUGAUGAAUAUAGUUGAGUUGCCAUUUAGGUGAUUUCUUUUUUCUUCUUCUUUAUAUUAUUUUCUUGCAUUAGCAAUUUUGUUU